AUGCGUUCUCUCUUUUGUCACACAAUUUUUGUUGCUCCGGUGCCACCUUGUGUGUUGCUCAUUUCAGGUGUUAUGGAAUUUCUACGUAAGUUAUGUGUUAAGUACUCUGUAGUGGUUCCACCAACACAAAGCAGAUCAGCCGCAGUAGUUCAGAUUCCCCAUACGUCAAACGGUUGUGCCAUGCUGAAGAGAAACUUCGGCUACCGCGUUCGGCUUUUUGAUCAAUCACUAAUUUUUUGUUUCGCUCCGAAGGGAGUGUGUUCAUCAGUAUACAAGUUUUAUAAGGCUCGGCAGAGAUCAUUGUAA